CACUUUCAAACACCUCAUGUCCAUCCAUUCAUCUUGAAGCCAUUGAAUCAAUAUGCUUGCUCUUCGAUCCCCACAAGUUCUUACGCGUCCCUCCUUGCGGCUCCUCCAUUCUGUUCCGCGCAUCGCCCUCUCCCCCAAGCCACUCCGCAGUCUGAGCCACGCCGUCUCCCUCUCCCGGACAAACCCUCCACGCACCCACUACCUAGGCUCUCGAUCCCGACAAGCUCCCACAGCCCACACUACUAGAACCCUUGCAACAACCGCAAGCGGAAAAAGCCAAGGUGACCUUAUCAUUGAAGAAAUCCAAGAAAGCUACGAAACCGCCAAAGACGAAUUCGAAAUCGCAACAGACAGCACCGACAGCGCAACCAUCUACGCCGCCUCGGACCGCGAAUCUGCCCGCGAUGCCCUCAACGACCUCCUGAGUGUCUACGCGCUGUACACGACGCCUACCUCGGAAAGACAGCAGUCGCCGCCUGGAAAUACCUCUGAGCAACAGCAGAAGGGAGAGGAUGCGGACGAGUCUGGUCGGCUGGUGAGCACGCAGUUUGAUCCGGCAGAAGUGGAGCCGGAGGUGCAGCAGGAGGUGAAGAGGCGGGUGGGUCAGCGCAUCAGGGAGUUGAAAAAUGCGGUGCAGUUGUUGGAGGAGAGGGCUAUGAGUGAUUGAUCGAUCAUUCCUAUUUUCUUUUGUUAUUUAAUGGAAAAUGUCUAUUAUGGUUGGAAAGAAUUGUGGAUGAGUAGUAUUUGGGGGCGGUCGAACUGUAUUAAUAAAUAGAUAAAGUGGAAUCUAGUUGAUGAUAUUGAAA